AUGCCUAUUAUUUUGGUCCUUUGCCUUUUUCUGGGCGUGGCCGUAGCCCAGUGGGAUGCCAACACUUUGGACAACAGGCAGGUUAUGGUACACCUGUUUGAAUGGAAAUGGAAGGACAUCGCAAAAGAGUGUGAAAACUGGUUGGGCCCCAAUGGUUUCGCCGGUGUCCAGGUUUCUCCGCCCAGCGAAAACAUCAGGAUUAACGGUCGCCCGUGGUACGAGCGCUACCAGCCCAUCGGAUACGGCCUGAACACUCGGAGCGGCAACGAAGCUGAGUUUAAGGACAUGGUGAAUCGGUGCUACAAGGCUGGCGUUCGGAUCUAUGUGGAUGCCGUCAUAAACCACAUGGCGGCCAGCAAUCCCGAUGGUAACGGAGCUUAUGACUUUUGGAGGGUGCCCUACUCGAGCUCGGAUUUCAAUGGCCCACAAAACAAAUGCCCAACACCCAGUGGUAUAGACUACAGCAACAAAUACUCCAUCCGUAACUGUGACCUGGUAGGACUCAAGGACCUGGACCAGGGGAGGAAUUGGGUCCGAGACAAGAUCGCCGAGUUCCUGAACAAUUUGAUCGACAUGGGUGUGGCCGGCUUCCGGAUAGAUGCUGCCAAGCACAUGUGGCCGGGCGACCUCAAGGCAAUCUACGGCAGGCUGAAGAACCUGAACACAAAAUUCGGCUUCCCGAGCAAUGCCCGUCCCUUCUUCUUCCAAGAGGUGAUCGACCAGGGUGGGGAGCCCGUCACCGCCGACGAGUACCUGAACACGGGCAGGGUGACGGAGUUUAAAUACGGUCUGGAGCUUGCGAGGGGCUUCCACAGACAGAAUCUGCUCAAGUGGUUCAAGAACUUUGGUGAAGCCUGGGGCUUUGUUCCUGAUUACAACUCCUUAGUGUUUAUCGACAACCAUGACAACCAGAGAGGUCACGGUGGUGCAGGCAGUAUAAUCACCCACCAGUCCCCGAGGCUGUACAAGAUGGCCAACGCCUUUAUGCUUGCAUACCCCUAUGGAUUCACUCGAGUGAUGAGCAGCUUCUCGUUUAGUGACCCAAAUAGUAGCCCUCCUCAGGACUCGAGCGGUAACAUCAUUUCUCCCAUCUUUUACUCGGACAAUACUUGUGGCAACGGCUGGGUGUGCGAGCAUCGCUGGAGACAGAUCAAGAACAUGGUCGAUUUCCGCCGGGUGACGGUGGGUCAGUCCUUGAAAAACUGGUGGGACAACGGCUCCUAUCAAAUCGCGUUCGGCCGUGGUAACAAGGGCUUCAUCGCCAUCAACAACGAAGACUUCCAACUGAGCCAGACACUGCAAACGGGCUUGCCUUCUGGCACCUAUUGCAACAUCAUCCUGGGAGACUUCAAGAAUGGCAAAUGCACUGGGCCGACGGUCUAUGUUAACGGCAGUGGAUACGCCAAGUUUAACAUCGCCGGCUCAGGCAACGACGACCCCGUUGUUGCGAUCCACGUCAAUGCCAAGCAGUAA